AUGUUGGCUCAAAGAAUCUCUCAGCAUUCUGCCCGGCGGCUCCUUGCCAAGCAACCCACCCUCUCUAGAUUCACGCCCUCAGUAGCGAUUGCAGGAAGUAGAUUGCAACCUCAAGUCCGGCACGCCGCCUUUCAACCCUCCGCCACAGAACCCCACGCACAAACACAGCCAGCAAAACCCUCCGAUGCCUACGCCAUCCUCGCCGCUCAACGCUUGAACCGCCCUAUCUCCCCCACUUGA